GGGCACGCAGCACGGCAGGGCCAGGCGCUGGCUCCCUGGCGUCGUGGAAGGGCCGAGGAGCGCGUCUUAGAGGGACUUGGACCGGCCCUGAAUCCUGCUUGUCUAUGAAAUGCAGUUAACACAUCAGCUGGACCUAUUUCCCGAAUGCAGGGUGACCCUUCUGUUAUUUAAAGAUGUAAAAAAUGCUGGAGACUUGAGAAAAAAGGCCAUGGAAGGUGCUAUUGAGGGUUCAUUAAUAAACCCUAAGGUGAUUGUCGAUCCAUUUCAGAUACUUGUGGCAGCAAACAAAGCAGUUCAUCUCUACAAACUGGGAAAAAUGAAGACAAGAACUCUAUCAACUGAAAUUAUUUUCAACCUUUCCCCAAAUAACAGUAUUUCAGAAACUUUGAAACAAUUUGGUACCUCGGCAAAUGACACUUCAGUUCUUAUUGUUUACACUGAAGAGGGAGAAAAACAAAUAAAUAAAGAAGACCUAAUAUCUCAGGUUGAAGGUCAGCAAGUUUCUCUAAAAAACCUUCCUGACAUAACAAAUAUUACAGAAGUCAAAAAGAUAUAUAAACUGUCUUCACAAGAAGAAAGUAUUGGAACAUUAUUGGAUGGUAUCAUUUGUAGAAUGUCAACAAAAGAUGUUUUGUGAAAUGACAGAAGUAUUAAAAAUUUUCAGCAUUUAUUAAAAAAACAUGGAUUUUUC